AUGGUAUCAUUGAACACAUCAUACCACUGUCCAUGCAGACAUCACCUUCGCUUUCUUUUAGCUCCUGUUGCUGCCCGACCCGACCCGCCAACUCCCGAACAUUCUUUCCUUUUUCCUGGAGAAAGAAACGACCUUUGCCUCAGUGUCAGCCAGUCGACUAACCCACUCCUGUCUAUAGAUUCAAAGGCCGAGGACGCCUUCACCAAAGCCUUCAACAACAACUCCGCAUGGCGCCGCUCCCUUGCCGAGACGGAGCCCGAACUCUUCGAGUCCCUGGGCAAAGGACAAUCCCCUCAGAUUCUCUGGAUUGGAUGUGCAGACUCCCGGUGCCCCGAGACGACCAUCCUCGGCCUGAAACCCGGCGAGAUCUUCUGCCACCGUAACAUCGCCAACAUCCUUACGGCCACCGACAUCAACUCGUUGUCCGUGAUCCAGUUCGCCGUGCAGUACCUCAAGGUCAAGCACAUCAUCAUAUGCGGACAUACCUCGUGCGGAGGCAUCGCCGCGGCCCUGGAUAACAAGAAACUCGGUCUGAUCGACACCUGGCUCAUGCCACUGCGGGCCAUUCGCCGUGAGAACCUGGCCCUGUUGAACAGCCUGGACGAGAAAGAAAGGGCGCUCAAACUCGUCGAGUUGAAUGUCCGCCAAGGCGCCAAGGUCCUGCAUGAGAACCCCGUCGUCAUCGACGCCAUCCAGGAACGGGGUCUGCAGGUCCACGGCCUGAUUUAUAACGUCGGCACCGGUGAACUGAGAGAGUUGGACAUUGGCGAGGACGACGAUGUCGUCAAGAGCCGUACCAUUGCCUUCAAGACCGAGUGA